CGUUGAGGUCACGAGGAGUGGGUUGCCAUUUUCGCUGUGAAUUCUUCUUCCUUCUUUUCCUUGCUGUUGCUGGUGAACUGGCCAAGGUGGAGGAGGGGAGACCGUCAAGAACAAGAGAAGGAGAAGGAGGUUGGCUGAAAUGGACGUGGAGAUCCAGCAGCCGCGGGAGGUGGGCGGCUCCAAGGUCGUCAAGGUGGACAAGGACGAGGCUUGGGAGCUCUUCACCGACCAGGCCAGCAAAGAAGGCCGCGCCGUCGUUGCUCACUUCGGGGCAUCCUGGUGCGUGACGUCCCUGUCCAUGAACUACAAGUUCGAGGAGCUCGCCCAGACCCACCCCGAGAUACUGUUCCUCUUUGUGGAUGUCGACGAUGUGCAGGGCGUUUCUUCCAAGCUUGGAGUGAAGGCCAUGCCGACGUUCUUCCUGAUCAAGGGCAAGGAGGUGGUGAAGAAGAUCGUCGGCGCCAACCCAGACGAGGUGAGGAAGAUGGUGGACUCCUCUGCCGAGUCACAGGCAACUCCUCCUGAUAUAGUGAUCCAGUAAUGGGCUACCUGUCGGCUGUGUGACUCUGAAUCUGAUCUGAUCGUCUCUUGCUUACCUGAGAUGUUAGAUGGCUGUUUUGGGUUGAAAACAUGGUUCAGUUUAGUGGAAGUACAAUUACCUGUUAAUACCGUUUUCUGUGUGUGACAGUCUGACCGACAGAUGCUCUGCUUUUUUACAUGUGAGGGUUUAAUCAAUAAUAAUACACUCUCUGACGA